AUGGCUCCCGCUCCCGGCAUGGCACCCUACUCCGAUGAGCCGACCGGUCCCUUCCACAGACCAGAACACAACGACGAGAGCACAGGCAGGAUGUCGCACGAAUCUGAGUCCUCGGUGUCUACCACGAGUAUCGUCUUCGAUCGGAUCGAGGAGCGCCUCGCUGCCAAGGAGGGCCACUUCGAGCUCGACGACCACGACCCCAUGAAGGAGGCCGACGACGACGACAAUGACCUCGAGACUGGUCGCUUCCUCGGUGGGAGAUCCAGCACCCAAGAGGAAGAUUUCCCAGCCAAAAACGAUGGCAUGAACCGGGGGAUGCGCAGGACGCUGAUCAUCGUGGCCGGGCUCUUGAUCUCGGCGUGGGUUGUCGGUCUCUUCUUUUACGUUUCCCACAAGUCCUAUAAGCCCGCCUCCCAGAUCGAACACGACCCUCAGGCGACUGUCGUGCAAGGGACUGGGAAGCAAGUGACGCUCGAUCAGGUUAUGGGCAGCUACUGGCGUGCUGAAAGUCACUCCAUAAGCUGGAUCGAAAGCCCGGACGGUGAAGAUGGGCUAUUGCUUCUGAAGGACGGCCCCGGAAAGGACUUUCUCGUUGUUGAGGAUGUACGGACCCAGAACAGCGCUGGCGUGAAUGCCGCUGUGGACGUUGCGAGCAGCAGAACGUUAAUCAAGGAAAGGCACUUUGACUUUGGCGGCCAGACGCACACUCCUGGAAGGGUAUGGCCAAGCAAGGACCUCAAGAAGGUGUUGAUUGCAACAAAUCUGGAGGCCAACUGGCGCCACUCGUUCUAUGCCUCCUACUGGGUCUUCGAUGUCGACAUGCAAAUAGCAGAGCCCCUUAUUCCUGGCGAGCCAAACGUCCGCGUUCAGCUUGCCCAGUGGAGCCCUACCAGCGAUGCUAUUGCCUAUGUCAGAGACAACAACUUGUUCCUGCGCAGCCUCAAGCACGACAAGGUUGUCCAGAUCACCAAGGAUGGCGGUGCUGAGGUGUUCAACGGUGUUCCUGACUGGGUAUACGAAGAGGAAGUCUUCUCGGGCAACAGCGCUACCUGGUGGUCCGAGGAUGGCAACUACAUCGCCUACUUGCGCACCAACGAGACGGGCGUCCCUGAGUAUCCUGUUCAGUACUUCCUCUCCAGGCCCAGCGGCACGGAACCGGCACCCGGCGAAGAGUCGUACCCCGAGGUCAGGCAGAUCAAGUAUCCCAAGGCUGGUGCUCACAACCCCGUCGUCAACCUCAAGUUCUACGACGUGGCCCGCGAUGAGAGUUUCACAGUGGAAAUCUCUGGCCGGUUCGCGGAUGAUGAUCGCCUCAUCACAGAGGUGGUCUGGGCUGGUGGCCAAGUUAUCGUCAAGGAAACAAACAGAGUCAGCGACGUCCUCAGGGUCGUCCUUGUUGACGUCGCUGCGCGCACUGGCAAAGCAGUUCGCGAGCUGGACGUCAAGGCCAUCGAUGGUGGCUGGUUCGAGAUUACGCACAAGACCAAGUACAUUCCAGCUGACCCUUCCAAGGGGCGUGAGCAGGACGGUUACAUCGACAUGGUGAUCCACGAUGACAACGAUCACCUCGCCUACUUCACGCCAUUGAACAACUCGGAACCAAUCAUGUUGACUUCUGGACAUUGGGAAGUUGUCGACGCCCCCUCCACCGUUGAUUUGGAUAACAACAUUGUCUAUUUUGUCGCAACCAAGGAAUCUUCUAUCCAGCGCCAUGUCUACCAGGUCGAUCUGUCGGGCAACAACCUGAAAGCGGUGACCGACACGGGCAGUGAAGGCUAUUACGACAUUUCGUUUUCGGCCGGGACAGGGUAUGCCCUUCUAUCUUACAGAGGUCCCAACAUUCCCUGGCAAAAGGUUAUCAGCACUCCAGCAAACGCACACAAAUACGAGCACAUGGUGGAGGAGAACAAGGAACUGGCAAAGAGUGCCAGGGAAUACGAGCUCCCUAUCAAGAUCUACGGCACCAUCAAGGUUGACGGUGUUGAACUCAACUAUGUUGAGCGUCGCCCACCACACUUUGACAAGAACAAGAAGUAUCCAGUUCUGUUCCAGCAAUACAGCGGCCCUGGGUCUCAGAGCGUUAACAAACGGUUUACUGUCGACUACCAAUCCUAUGUCGCCGCCGGCUUAGGUUAUGUGUGCGUAACUGUUGAUGGCCGCGGAACUGGUUUCAUUGGACGCAAGAACCGUGUAAUCAUCCGCGGGGACCUUGGAAAGUGGGAAGCCCAUGAUCAGAUCGCUGCUGCCAAGAUCUGGGCGUCGAAGAGCUAUGUUGACGAGGAAAGACUGGCCAUUUGGGGCUGGAGUUUCGGUGGAUUCAACACCCUCAAGACUCUCGAGCAGGAUGGUGGACGGACCUUCAAGUACGGCAUGGCCGUUGCCCCAGUCACCGACUGGAGAUUCUACGACAGCAUCUACACCGAAAGAUACAUGCUUACGCCUCAGACCAACGGGCAUGGUUACGAUACAAGCGCCAUCAACAACGUCACGGCUCUGAAGCAGAGCGUCCGUUUUCUCAUGAUGCACGGUGUUGCGGAUGACAAUGUGCACAUGCAGAACUCCCUGACGCUACUCGACAAGCUAAAUAUGGUUGGCGUUGAGAAUUAUGAUGUUCACGUCUUCCCAGACAGUGACCACGGGAUUUAUUUCCAUAACGCCAACCGGAUUGUUUACGACAAGUUGACCAACUGGCUCAUCAAUGCCUUCAACGGAGAAUGGAUCAAGGUUGCCAAUGCAAAGCCUCAAAAGAAGAGGAGCAUACAGCCUAUUCUUCCAAUUCUAUAG